CGACCUGGGAAGCCUGGUGAAACUCUUCCUUCGCCUCUCUCUCGAUGUCUCGCUCUUCUUGUGCUUUUCUUGUCGCUGGCGCUUCGAGCUCGAGGCUGGCGUGCCGGUGGAGAUUCUCGUCCCUCGAGACGGCGUCUCCUACAUAAAGCCGCCGUCCCCUGCCUGUCCUUCUCGAUCUCUCUCUCCUGUCUCUUCCCUCUCUUCUCUCUCUCUCUCUCUCUUGAAUAUCCUUCUGUGUACCUCGUUCAUCUGCCUCGUCUGUCCUGCAAGAUGGCCCGUCUGCUCAGCUUCCUGGCCCUGGUGGCCCUCUGCCUGGCCCUUGUCUCUGGCGAGCCGCUGCGGCAGCCUCUGCUGCGAAAACACCAUCCGCGCGACGCUGCAGAGGACAAUGCCGUCUUCUCGCUGCACAAUCUCUCGCUCAAGCUCUUCCACAAGCGAGCUGCCGUGGCCGACCCGGUGCCUGGCGCUGCUGGGGCCGAGGAGGCUGCCCGCCGCAAGGUCCUGCGCCGCCAGAACACCGGCGACAUCCCCACGGCCACGCCAACGGGUACGGACUCUGACUCUGCCUCUGCCUCUCCCACUGCCUCUCCAAGCCCUACUGCGUCCCCUACUGCGUCUCCUCCUGCUUCUCCAACUGCUUCUCCUCCUGCGUCUCCGACGACGGACGGCUCAUCCUCUUCUCCUGCAGACACGCCCACAAAACCGCCCACCAACUCGCCCACCAGCAACCCGCCUACCAAUCCUCCCACCAGCAGCCCUACCAAUCCGCCUACCAAUCCACCUACCAACAGUCCUACCAGCAGACCUACGGACUCUCCAACUGCGUCUCCAACGGACUCCCCUACUUCUUCGCCUACGCAGCCUCCAACCCGGCCCCCUACUAGCCCGCCUACCAGCUCUCCUACCAAUCCGCCUACCAGCUCGCCCACGGACAGCCCUACCAAUUCGCCUACCAGCACUCCAAACGAGACCUCCAACCAGCCUACAUCUCAGCCGUCCAUGACCAGCCAGAGACCAACCAGCCAGGACACCACUCUCGUCACCGAGACCUCGCCCUCGCCCACCCGGGCUUCCUCAGAGACCUCGCGGCCAGCCACCACCGAGCCGCCGUCCACCACCACCCGGCCUCGCUCCUCGUCUACUUCGACCUCCAUUGGCGUGGUCACCGAGGCCGACGGCUCCGUCCACACCUACACCUCCGUCGUGGUCGUCUAUCCAACGCCCUCUGACGGUGGCAACGGCGGGUCUCCGGCCUCCCCAACUGCCUCGCCAACGCUGCAGAACGGCGCUGCUCCCGUGGCCAGCGUCGGCCUGACCGGUGUCUUUGCCGCCGUCCUCGGUGGUGCCGUCGGUGUUGCUCUUGUCCUUUAA